AUGAUCGCCAGAGGUGAGUUGACAGAUUACCUCAUGACAAAGGAGCAUGCAAAGCCCCGCGAGGUCUAUCCCCGCAAGGUAGAAGGUACGCAAGUAAAAGUCAUCCGUGCAAUACAUGGCAAGUCUGAAAAUAAUCAAGAGUCCGAGGAGGUGUACAAAUCCAGAUUGAGGGCGACCCACAAGCUCAGGAAGAUAUCCUCGGUCAAUGCUAUCAAUUCGGGUAGCAUUAGUAUUGGAUUCGGAGAUAACGACCUAUCCAGAGUGCAACUCCCCCACAAGGAUCCAUUGGUCAUCAGUCUUUUAGUGGCCAAUUGUAUGAUCAGGAGGGUUUUGGUAGAUCCAGGAAAUAGCGCUAACAUAAUCACAAAGACGGUCUUUGAUCAGUUAGAGAUCUCAUCAUCAUCUAUUCGACCUACCUCCAGCCCGUUGAUGGGAUUCGAUGGCACAAGAGUAGAUCCCCUUAGAGUAAUAGACUUGUUCGUAACCGCGGCGAAGAGGACUCUGAAGGAGAACUUUGUAAAGGAGGAAGAGGAAAUUGCGAAGCCCACCGAGGAGACCCUCGAAGCCGUGGAAGUUAUCCUCGGCGACCCUCAGAAGGUUACUUAUCUAGGCUCUUCUUCCACGUCCGAAGAAAAGGAGGCACUAAUUGAUGUUAUCUGGAGCAAUGCAGAUGCCUUUGCGUGGGAUCACUAG